AAAAUGAGUUGCUUAAGUUAUGUCGAUAAGAUAAUUCUAGCACCUAUGGUCCGUAUGGGUACUUUGCCUUUACGGCUAUUGGCGUUAAGGUACGGGGCAGACAUUGUUUAUACUGAGGAAAUAGUAGACAAGAAGAUGGUGAGGACGAAACGCGUUGUAAACGAUAUUCUUGGAACUAUUGAUUUCAUAGAUGAGUUUGAUGGAAGUGUGGUGUUUAGAACUUGUAAUGAAGAAUCCAGUUAUGUGGUUUUUCAAGUAGGAACAAGUGACCCUGAACUUGCGGUUAAAGUUGCAAAGAUUGUAGAAAAGGAUGUAGCUGGCUUUGAUGUUAACAUGGGUUGUCCGAAAGAAUUCUCUAUAAAAGGAGGAAUGGGUGCUGCUCUUCUGAAGCAGCCAGACAAAGUCAAGGAUAUUUUAACAAGUUUGGUGUCAAACAUUGCAAUUCCAGUAACAUGCAAAAUACGGCUGUUGCCUAACAUAGAAGAAACAAUGGAUCUUGCUAGGACCAUUCAAAGUUGUGGUGUGGCAGCUAUAGCAGUACAUGGCAGAACCAAAGAAGAGAGGCCACAACAUCCAAAUAAUAAUGAAGCCAUAAAAAAAAUAGCACAUGACUUGAGUAUUCCUGUUAUUGCAAAUGGAGGUUCCAAGGAAAUUGACAGUUACGAGCACGUGUUAAGGUUUCGGACGGCAACGGGUGCAUCCAGUGUGAUGAUUGCCCGAGCAGCUCAGUAUAACAGCUCUAUUUUCCGUAAAGAGGGAAAGUUGUCGCUAGAUGAAGUGAUCCCAGAAUACCUGAGGCUUUGCAUCGAAUAUGACAAUGUCUUUACCAACACCAAAUAUUGCGUGCAAAUGAUGCUUAGAGAUCUUCAAGAAACUCCUAUGGGGAAGCGCUUACUGGACUCAAAAACAGAGGAAGAAAUCUAUAAAAUUUGGGGCCUUCUGGAUUAUUAUAAGAAAAAACAGGAAGAAUUCAAAAAUCUGUCUCUCAAACUACAGAUGACGUUACCGAGCAUGGGUCAUCUUGAGCCAGCGCAUAAAAGGGCUAAAACUGAAUCGACAUUCUUUAGUCGGGUUUGCGAAAAUGACGAUGUCAUCAAAGUGAUGAUUCCCCUUCGAAAGCCAUACCAAAAGCAUAUUCUUCCUAAGACAGUGCUACAUGAACAUGCUAACAAAGCCCAACAUAGUAAGCUUCCUCUCUAUCGGUCUGAGCAAGUGGAUAAGCUAUUUUUUUCAACUGUCGUCGUGGAAGGCAAAGAAUACGCCAACCGUUAUUUGGAAAAAAAUAAACGUUCUAGCGAGCAGGCAGCAGCACUGGCUUGUUUGCACGCCCUGAAUUUAUUACCAGCCGAUGUCAUAGAAUGACUUGCUUCAACUCAAAAAGAGCAGGAGCGGGGGAGCCUGUGCCGACGCGGACCCUGGAAACUCGCCGCGGAAAUGCGUCUGGUAUCGACCCAUCAAAACAUGUCGGUGGCGGUAACCGCGUCACUUUUCUCACGUGUUCUUUUUCUCUUCCUCUUUCUCUUGUGGAUACACCUCAGAUUCAUGUAGCUACACUAGCCACACUACACUGCGUGCAAUCCGAUUAGUUAGGGCAAGCCAAUCUUCUCACAUUCCCCCCUCGUUGGCUUAUAAUCUUUUUGAACUAAAUGGCGUAACACUUAGAUGUUAAUUGUUUUUCAUAUAUUUAUUAUUUGAGACUUUGGUAAGGGGGGAGGGAAGCACACAUAAUGCCCGUUUUUUAUUCUUGACAUUGGCAGUCGUGUUUACGUUCACGUUACACAUUAUGUGCUAUGAUGGAAUGUUCGAAGUCCGUUUGAUUGGCAAUCAAAUGUAUUGACUCUUUCCCCUUGAA